UCGCCAGCUUUCUGCUGCUGGUCCAGAAACAAGAUACUUUCCAUACAUGGGAGUCCUGACGUCAGGCUUCCUGAAAAGAAUGCGUCGUUUUAACUUCCUUAAGAAGUCUCAGUGGAGAAGCUGACUGUCUUUAAAGUGGGGCUAAUGAAAUCCACACUUAGCUCAGAGAACCAGGAGUCGGUCAGUCGCCCACCCCCGACAAGAUAUGGGUUGAAGAUCUUGUACCUUUUCACAUAUAAUCUGAUACAGUUUGUUGGAUACUCAUGGAUAUCUACGAAUAUUACUGCCAGAUUCUUGACGUUUGGUGAAGACAGCCUGGUGGACACCUAUCAUUCAAUUGGAACUGUGAUGUCUUUUUGCCAACUGUUAUCAAUUCUGGAAUUGAUCCAUAUACUCCUAGGCAUCGAACAGAGCCCAUUUCUUCCACGACUUGUGCAGGUUACCGAGAGGAACAUAAUCCUUUUUGUGGUCAUCACCAGUCAAGAGGAGAUGCAGGCUAAACCUAUCGUUUGGGGCUUGUUUUCCCUCUGGAGCACCCUGGAUGUAAUCAAGUAUCCAUAUCGCAUGUUAUCUGUCAUAGGAACUGACUUGUAUGCAUUGUCAUGGAUUCAUCAUUGCCUUUGGAUUCCUGUUUUGCCUUCAAUAUUGCUGACUGAAGUAAUUGCCAUUUACCAGUCACUGCCGUACUUUGAAGCCCUUGGCACGUACUCCUUUCAGUUACCAGGACCAAUUGCUGUGUCCAUACAUUUUCCAUACGUAUUGCAACUCUACUGUCUAAUACUUGUUAUAGGCACAUACUGCAGCUGCAGGCACUUUUAUGAAGAGCGAAAACUGAACACAAGAUACAUAAAGAAACUAAAGCAAAACUAACAAAUCUGAAUUGGUUCCCAUAUCAUUCACCAGGAUCAGGAAAAAGCUGGUGUGAACGUGAGAAUCAGCGCUUUUACUCCCUGAGUCUGAGCUUACUCAAAUGAUGCAAAAACUCUUCCAAAUGGUUGUCAAGUCAAAAACACUGUGAUGUUCAAUGUUAGGCAAUACCACGCAAAAUAGGCUGAAUCCUAAUCCACAAAAUAUGCUGGAUUGGUGUUAGGUCAAUGGUUAAAACUCCCAAAUUCUGAAAUUAGGAAUCAAUCCCCUUCCUGUAGUUUUAAUUCGGACGUGCUACAAAUCCAUUCACGGUCUGCAGGCUUGUCAAUUUGAUGUUAUCAUUUUAACCUUUGUGCAAGUUUUGAUUCUUGGGUUUUCCAUGCCAUUGGAAAUCUGAAAGGGAUGGAAGUGGAGUAGAACUGAAAGGUGCCUUGACAGCACUGCUUAAUGCUUAACUACAAGUUGUCCAGUAAAACAUGCUGCCCAUGAAUAGGAACAAAAUUCAAAAGUACCUAAAAUUCAAGCUUUCUGAAUAAUUAGAUAACAAAUAUUCCUGCAUUAAAAUAAACUGAAACUUAACUGAGUAUUAAUGAUAAGCUCGAAAGUAUGCAUGCUCUACACUUGGGUUUUGAAAUGCCUGUGAGGAACGGAAGUUGUGAGUGGGUGUGGGUAGGCUUUGAAAACAGCGCUCCCGACUGAUGGGUUAGCAUGCAAAAGCCACUGUGGGAUGUGGUUAGAUUUUAAAGGUGAGGAAUGGGAAUGGAUGGGUGGCAACUGGAAACCAACAUCCCUCCAGUGAAUGGCCUGCUCAGCUCAUCAAGGAGUUUGUUCACAGGUCAGCAAGAUAACUUUUCACAUCAGAAAUAGUGAAACUGAAACACAGUCUGGUGCAAGUCAGUGCACAGUCUGCAGGUUCGAGAUGGAGAACUCAGUUUUUUGUCAACAGAGCCUUGGACUCAUCUAGCACGGAAACAGACCCUUUGUCCCAACUCGUCCAUGCUGACCAGAUAUCCUAAACUAAUCUAGUCCCAUUUGGCAGCAUUUGGCCUAUAUCCCUUUAAACCCUUUCUAUUCAUGUACCCAUCCAAGUCCCUUUUCAAUAUUGUAAUUGUGGAGAAAGUGAGGACUGCAGAUGCUGGAGAUCAGAGCUGAAAAUGUGUUGCUGGAAAAGCGCAGCAGGUCAGGCAGCAUCCUAAGGGCUCAUGCUCAAAACGUCAAUUCUCCUACUCUUUGGAUGCUGCCUGACCUGCUGCGCUUUUCCAGCAACACAUUUUCAGCAAUGUUGUAAUUGUACCAGCCUCCACCACGUCCUCUGGCAGUUUGUUCCAAAUAUGCACCAUCCUUUGCAUGAAAAAGUUGCCCCUUAGUUCCCUUUUAAAUCUUUCCCCUUGCACUUUAAACCAAUGCCCUCUAGUUCUGUACUCUCCCACCCUAGGAAAAAGACGCUGGCUAUUCACCCUGUCAAUGUCCCGUGUGAUUUAAAAUUCUGUAUAAAGUCACCCCUCAACCUUCAAUGCUCAGGAAAAACAGCCCCGGCCUAUCCAGCCCCUCCCUAUAGCUCAAACCCUCCAUUCCCAGCAACAUCCUUGUAAAUAUUUUCUUAACUCCUUUGUGUUUAAUAAAUUCUUCCCUAUAGCAGGGAGACCCGAAUUAAAUACAGUACUCUAAAAGUGGCCUCACUAAUGUCCCUAUAUAGCUGCAACAUGACAUUCCAACUCCUAUACUCAAUGCACUGACUAAUAAAGCCAAGCAUUCCAAAUGCCUUCUUCACCACCCUGUUUACCUGCAACUACACCAUUAUAAGGAUCUAUGCACCUGCAUUUCUAGAUCUCUUUAUUCAGCAACACUUCCCAGGACCUUACCAUUCAGUGUAUAAGUCCUGCCCUAAUUUGCUUUUCCAAAAAAGCAGCACCUCACAUUUAUCUAAAUUAAACUUCCAUCUGCCACUCCUCAGCCCAUUGGCCCAUCUGACCAAUGUCCCGCUGUAGUCUGAGAUAACCUUUUUCACUGUCCAUCACACCACCAGUUUUGGUGUCACCCACAGAUUUACUAAUUAUACCUCCUGUAUUCACAUCCAAAUCAUGAAUAAUUUUAACAACUGGAGGUUUUUGUGAGUGGUCUGAUGCAGAUCUUUGAAUUGUUUGGCCAUUUCUCUGAGCAGUGAGGGUGUUGGAAUCUCAAACACCUGCCUCCUCUCUUCUGACAUGGUGCGGUGCCGGAUUCCCUCCACCUAAUAGUGCUUGGUGUGGAGAACCAGCACAACAAAGGCACUUACAUUGAAGGAUAACAUCAUGAGUGGUGCAGAUGCAGUGAGCAUCCAGGGCUCAGAGACAAUAUGGAUGCCCAGUCCCUGACCCCAAGUCAGCUUCAAUAAUUAGUCAAACCACUCCAGAGACAUGAUGCAAAACUGUGGCAUAUUGUCACCAGCAGCUGCUUGACAUCUAAAGGUGACAGUAACAUCUCAAAACAUAGUUUUCAAGUGAACUUUUACAACUUUCCCAAAAAUGUCAGCAGUGAGAAUUGUAUGGGAAAGAUUUAGUUAAUUGUUUCCAUAAUCAUUGUUUGCAUUAGAAUUUUUGAAGUCCUAUGCUAUUUUGAAAGUUUACUGUAUUUUUCUUUACACAAUUGCUUGUUUGUUUUUCAGCAUGAUGUAAAUUUAUUUAUGCACCAGAAGUGAAUUAACAUUUGAUUACAGUAAUGUAAAUGGCAGAAUUCUAGACCUGCGCCACUGUUAAAAAUCACACAACACCAGGUUAUAGUCCAACAGGUUUAUUUGGAAGCACACUAGCUUUCGGACAAUCACCUGAUGAAGGAGCAGCGCUCCAAAAGCUAGUGCUUCCAAUUAAACCUGUUGGACUAUAACCUGGUGUUGUGUGAUUUUUAACUUUGUACACCCCAGUCCAACACUGGCAUCUCCAAAUCACCACUGAACUGUGUCUCACUGUACUUUCAUCUGGUUAUUUUCUAACAGUGAGUCAUAAUUGUUAAUUUAAGAGUGAUACAAUUUGUCAGCAUUCCAUUGAACACUUGCUACUAGAUUAUUCUGAUUUAUUUGCUCCCCCAGAUUAGUGUUAAUUAGAAUGGAAGUAGUUAAACAACUCUCAGUAUUAAUCAGAAUGGAAUUUGGAUUAAAUAACUAAAUGCUGCAAGCCAAAGUCCAGACUUCAGUAAAAUUCAGAGGCUUGUUCAAAACAGAGUGCCAGUUGACACUUUUCCAGGAGAAUUGAUGUGAAACAAUCCUGGGAAACAGUACUCUUAGUGGAUCGUCACUCUUAAAAAAACACAUACACCUUGAUUUAUUGAUUGGGGAAUGGAAGGAACCUGAAUUCUGAGAUAAAAUAGGAUCAAUGAGGAAGGUAGCGUGGGGAUAGGAGAACAAUAGAUCCUACAACGCACUUAUAUUGCAACUCUUGGUCCUAGCUAACAAUCACAGAUUAGGCUCCAGUUGCCAGGACUCUGUUUACAUUGCUGGGUUUCUGCAUGGCCGGAAAUGUAACUGUCGUGUUUAGGAAAGAGCUGUCUGUUUCAGAUUUUAUAUAUAUGCACACAAAGUUCCCAUUAAACAGUUGGAUAUUUAAAUACCUACAAAGUAUAUAUUGUCUUCUUCUGAGGGGGGCUGGGAGGAGGGUUAGUGCCUGGUAGCCCCUUAUUCAGGUAGCCUUUAUAUUGGAGCCCAUCAUGCUUGAAAACUGCCCAGGAGAUCCAAUAGCCCUCUUCCACAGCACUUAGUCAUCCAGAUUUAACACCAAAUCCAAACCGCAAGAGCUGUGGAUACUGUAAAUCUGAAACAAAAACAGAAAUUGCUGGAAAAGCGCAGC